AUGGGUAUCAAACACCUAUUCCAAGUGAUCUCCGAAAAUGCCCCCGAUGCGAUCAAGACGGGCGAGAUCAAAAACCACUUUGGCCGCAAGGUCGCGAUUGAUGCAUCCAUGAGCAUCUACAGUUUCCUUAUCGCCGUGCGCUCCGAGGGCCAGCAACUUACGAAUGAGAGUGGUGAGACAACUUCACACUUGAUGGGCAUGUUUUACCGAACUCUGCGAAUGGUCGACAAUGGUAUCAAGCCUCUAUACGUCUUCGACGGUGCUCCACCGAAGCUCAAGUCAGGCGAGCUGGCAAAGCGUGGUGCCCGUAAAGCCGAAGCUCACGAAGCCCAUGAGGAAGCUAAGGAGACUGGUACCGCGGAGGAUAUCGAAAAGUUUUCCCGACGCACAGUGCGGGUCACGCGUGAGCACAAUGCGGAGUGCAAGCAGCUUCUAAAGCUGAUGGGUAUUCCAUACAUCGAUGCGCCUACUGAGGCUGAGGCCCAGUGCGCCACUCUUGCGCGUGCGGGUAAGGUCUACGCCGCUGCGUCGGAGGAUAUGGAUACCUUGUGCUUUGAGUCUCCCAUUUUGUUGAGACACUUGACCUUCAGUGAGCAGAGGAAAGAGCCUAUCCAGGAGAUCCAUUUGGAUCGAGCGCUGGAAGGCCUUCAGAUGGACCGUAGUCAGUUUAUCGAUCUUUGCAUUCUGCUGGGUUGCGAUUACCUCGAGCCUAUUCCCAAAGUCGGACCCUCGACCGCUCUCGCACUGAUCCGUGAACACGGUACCAUUGAGAAGGUGCUGGAGUUCAUGGAGAAGGACCCUAAGAAGAAGUUUGUUGUCCCGGAGGAUUGGCCAUACCAAGAUGCGCGUGAUCUUUUCGUCUCUCCGGACGUACGCGACGCAGACCACCCCGAUUGUGAUUUCAAGUGGGAGGCCCCGGACAUUGAUGGGCUUAUCGCAUACCUAGUCACUGACAAGGGAUUCAACGAGGACCGCGUACGUAACGGUGCUGCGCGAUUGACCAAGAACCUGAAGAGCGCGCAGCAGUCCCGUCUAGAGGGAUUCUUCAAGCCAAAGGCACGCACUGAAGACGAAAAGGCCAAUCUGAAGCGGAAGCACGAAGAAAAACUCACCAAGCAGAAGAAGCAAAAGAAGGAUGAUGCUAAGGCGAAGAAAGACUUGAAGGCCAAGCCACGUGGCGCAGGCUAA